ACGAAACGAGAAAAUCAAUUAGUGUUUCGACGAAACGAGAAUCUACCGAAUAGAAGACUCAUCUUCACAUCCACAUCCUUUACAUUUAUAUUAUUAAUUUGUCACAAAUUCUAAUAAUCAAUAGAGCAGUUUCAAAUAAAUUUCAUUUUCAUUGGGAGAAAGAAAAUGACCUUAUCCGUCAUUCUCCUUUAAAUGACAAUCGAUGACCAUGAUCCAAAGGCUAAAAACCAUUUCAAUUGUCCUAUGAUUGUUUGAUAGGAAAGCAAAAAUUCUUAGUCUAAACACUUGUUUAAUAAUCGAAGAUAAUGGUAUAUGCGAGAGAGAAUAUAUUAUUUCACGUGUCUACGUAUAUGUAUAUAUGUAUUCGUUUUCGUUAUUCUCAACCAGUAUCAUCGUUAUUUCUUAUUAGAAACACGGAAAGAAGAAUGAAACGAUCAUCAGACGACACUGUUUUUGAUUAGAAUAAUAAAAGAAAAUCAAAAUUCUUCGUAACAACAACUAAGUCAGUUUAUUGAAAAUCUAUUUUUUUAAAUUAAAUUUCUAUUAAUUAAUUUAGAUCUUGUUUUGAAAAUUUAGCAAUGAAAUUCUUUAUGAAAUAUUUGAAUAUCUUGAACAUAAUGAUAUUUAUCAUGGAUUCUUUUAUCUUAAUGAUCGAUUUCAAAAUCUCCUUAUUAAUUUAAAUAUUCCAUUUCGAAUAAAUCUUUCAACAAUACCAAAAUCGCAUGUUGAUCUUUAUAAUAAAAAUGUUUUUCAGCCAAAUAAACAUCGAAUAAAUAUUCUUCGUUUAUCAAAUCCAUUUACAAUUGAACUGAUUUUUUCUCCACCAUGUCUUUUAUUUAUUGUUAAACAUUUAAUUCAUUUACCUAAAUUACAUACAUUAAUUCCUUCUCCUAUUGAUUAUAUUCUAAAUUCAACUAUUAUUUUCACUCAAGUAUUUUGUUUAAAAAAAUUAAAAUAUUGUAAAUUAACAUAUCGAGUUAAAGAUAAUAAAAAUGUAUUACCGAUAGAUUUUGAUCAAUAUGAACAAAGUUCUAUUGAAUAUUUGAUAAUAAAUAGUCCUUUUCAAUAUGAAUCAUUUCAAAAAUUAUUUAUUUAUCUUUCAAAACUUCGUCAUUCAUCAAUUAAUUAUCUUUUUGGAUCAAAUCAUUCACAGAUAGAUUUUUAUCCAAUUCAUUUAAAAGAUUUAAACUAUAUUUUUUUCGAUCUUCAUUCAAUUCAUUUCCAUCAAUUUGAAGAAUUAAUAAAAAAUUUCUUUCAUCAUAUUAAAGUUUUACGUAUUUCAACAUUCAAUGAUUCAUCAUAUUCACAUACAAAACAAUGGAAAGAAUUAAUUUCAUCUUCAAUGCCAAAUUUACAUAUUUUUGAUAUGAAUAAUAGUUAUACUAGUGCAAUGCAUCGAUUUUUAUAUCUUUAUUUAAGUGGUCAAUUUAGAUCGAAAAGAAAAGAUCAUACAUUUCAUUGGCAAUUUGAUCAUGACAUCGAUUAUUAUCUUAAAAAACAUGAUUUCAAAUCGGUUAAACAUAUUAAUAUUUGUAGUAAACGAGCUGUUACCAAUUCUGUCAUUUAUUUUUCAAAUGUCAUUGAAUUAACCAUUAAAAAUUAUGGUAAGAUGUAUUAUGGGUCAAUGUUAACAGCUCUUCAGCAAAUUCUUCCUUUAAAACAACUUAAGAAAUUAAUUAUUGAUUGUAAUGAUAUUCCAGUUCAACAAGUUAUAAAUUUAAUAUGUUUGACACCAAAUUUACAUUUCUUAAAAUGGAAUUUUCAAUCUAUUGUUCAAACUAAAUUAAAAUCAAUUGAACAAAGCGAAAAUUUUCG